UAAGGAAAAUAAAGAAAGAAAAAAAGUGAGGGUGUAAAUGAUGUGACUUAAAUUCAUACACACAAUAAGUUUUUUUUUUCUCAUCACACAACAAGUCCAUUGAUGAGCACCAUGGUAGGAGGAGGAGCAAGUGCAUUUUCAUGGACCAAUUCCAUUUCUUCUAAUCUUCAACUCCCUCAGGCUCACACUCUCUUUGGAGGUGAGUCUAAAAGAUUAACAAUUUGGUGUGUGAAUGCAAACAUUGACUAUGGUUCAUCUACCCAGGAAAGUAAGAUGAUUGUAUCAGUCACUGGAGCUACUGGUUUUGUUGGGAAAAGAUUGGUGCAAAGAUUGCAUGCAGAUAAGCAUCAGAUUCGAGUGUUGACAAGGUCAAGAUCCAAAGCACAAUCAAUAUUUCCGGUUAAAGACUUUCCGGGAAUUGUAAUUGCCGAGGAGCCAGAGUGGAGAAACUGCAUUGAAGGUUCAACAGCUGUUGUAAAUUUGGCUGGAACGCCCAUUAGUACUAGAUGGUCCCCUGAGAUCAAGAAGGAUAUCAAGCAAAGCAGGAUUAGAGUAACCUCCAAGGUUGUAGAAUUAAUCAAUAAUUCAAAGGAUGAUGCCCGUCCCAAAGUUUUAAUAAGUGCAACAGCAGUUGGUUAUUAUGGAACCAGUGAGACUCAAGUGUUUGAUGAGCUAAGUCCAUCGGGAAAUGACUACUUGGCUGAGGUUUGUAGAGAAUGGGAGGCAGCUGCGCUCAAAGUCAACAAGGAUGUUAGGCUUGCUCUAAUUCGUAUUGGCGUUGUCCUUGGAAAAGAUGGUGGUGCUUUAGCUAAAAUGAUUCCUCUCUUCAUGAUGUUUGCUGGUGGACCUUUGGGCUCUGGAAAGCAAUGGUUUUCUUGGAUUCAUCUCGAUGACCUCGUAGAUUUGAUUUAUGAAGCUUUAUCCAAUCCAUCCUAUAAAGGGGUGAUCAAUGGAACAGCACCGAAUCCUGUACGUCUGGGAGAAAUGUGUGAACAACUAGGAUCCGCUUUAGGAAGACCUUCUUGGCUACCAGUACCAGAAAUUGCACUGAAAGCUGUCCUCGGAGAAGGUGCAUCCGUGGUGUUGGACGGACAGAAGGUGAUUCCAACGAAAGCUAAGGAGUUGGGAUUUUCAUUCAAAUACCAAUAUAUCAAAGAUGCGCUGAAAUCAAUCAUGUCAUGAGACUCAUCAACCGUUAACCUGUAUUGAGUUUGAUUCAUUUCAAUGGCCUGGAAAACGAACGAAAACACGAGUAACUUCUUCUUCUUGUUGUUGUUGCUGCUGCCUGGGCUUAUCAGUUUUUUGACUUAAUUUUGAUGAGCCAAAAUUCAAUUGUUAAACAUCAUGCCAAUGUUCAUAAGUAAAUGCAUCUUCAUACCACA